AGAGCUGCUGCCUGGAAGGGGCCGAAGGCGCGCGGGGCUGCUGGGCUGGGCGGCUGCCUCUGUCCUCCCACCGUAUCCGUAGAUGUCAUUGUGCUCCGUGUUGCCAGUCUUCCUUUUAGGGUUUGUAGUUGAGCAGUUAAAGCUUGAGAACCAUGGAGCAGUACCCAGAUCUGCAGGAAGACCUGAGUCUUGAGGAUACCAAUGAGUCUCUUAACCAGCUCAAAUUGGCUUCUCUAGAUGAUAAGAACUGGCCACCAGAUGAAGUGCCUGUUUUUCCAAAGUCAGAUGACACCAAGGGCUCCCCUGAUUCUGUUACUCACUUGCGAUGGGAUGACCCAUACUAUGACAUCGCUAGGCACCAGAUUGUGGAAGUAGCAGGUGAUGACAAGUAUGGGCGGAAAGUAAUUCUGUUUAGUGCCUGCCGAAUGCCUCCCAGCUAUCAGCUUGAUCAUGUGAAACUGCUGAGUUAUUUGAAGUAUACAUUGGACCAGUAUGUAGAGAGUGACUACACCCUAGUCUAUCUGCACCAUGGCCUGACCAGUGAGAACAAGCCAUCCCUGAGCUGGCUGCGGGAUGCCUACCGGGAAUUUGACCGCAAGUACAAAAAGAACAUCAAAGCAUUGUACAUUGUGCACCCAACUAUGUUCAUCAAGACACUUCUGAUUCUCUUCAAGCCAUUGAUCAGCUUUAAGUUUGGGCGGAAGAUUUUCUAUGCAAACUACCUGAGUGACUUGGAGGAGCAUGUGAAGCUGGAACAGCUGGGGAUUCCAAGCCAGGUGCUAAAAUAUGAUGAAUAUCUGAGAUCACUGCAGAAGCCCUCACAAGUGCCUCAGAAAGUGACACCACCUCGCCCACCCCUGCCAAACCAACAGUUUGGAGUUUCUCUCCAGCACUUAAGGGAGAAGAGUUCAGACCAGAAUCCCAUACCACUGGUGGUCAGGGAGACCAUUGCCUAUCUACAGGAGCAUGCUCUUACCACACAGGGGAUUUUCCGGCGAUCAGCAAACACACAGACAGUAAGAGAGGUUCAGCAGAAAUACAAUAUGGGGCUGCCUGUGGACUUCUUGCAAUAUGAGGAUGUGCACCUCCCUGCUGUGAUUCUCAAGACCUUCUUGCGGGACCUGCCUGAGCCUCUUCUCACCUUUGGUCUCUACAAUGAUGUGGUCAAUUUCUACAGUGUGGAAGAAGAAAAGCGUGUAGAUAUUGUUCGCAAAACACUCCAGACUCUUCCAGAGGAAAACUAUCAAGUGCUUUGUUCGUUGAUGUCAUUCCUUGGGCAGGUUUCUGCUAACAGUGACAUCAACAAGAUGACCAACGCUAACCUGGCAGUAGUUUUUGGCCCAAACCUGCUGUGGGCCAAAGAUGCAGCCAUAACCCUCAAAGCCAUCAAUCCUAUCAACACUUUCAGCAAAUUCCUACUGGACAACCAGAGGGAGCUUUUCGAGAACCUGGAGGCUUGAUCUAGAGCCUGCCUGUGCUAGCACAUCCUGUGUCCACUGUGACCAUCUCCUUCCCUCUCCUUCCUUGACCCCCUUUUCCUUUCUAUCUUGUUAUGGAGCCGUGACCAAGUCUGGGGAAGCUCCAGGUGAUGAGCAGAGUGAAAGAGGGCUUGGGGACGUUGCAGUCGUGUGUGUGUGUAUGGGGGAGAGAGAGAAUAUGAAUGAAUGAGAAUCAUGCGGGGUGGGAAGCAGGCCUCCCCAUCUCUAAAAUUGCCUUGGCUGUCCUAUCUGUCUGGGAUGUUAGAGUCCAGGCUGCUCAUAAAUGCUGAAAUUCCCAUCCUUUCCCGAGUUAUUCCUAUCAAAUGGCUCUCCUUGGACCUCGGUAUAAUUCCCACUUAUUGGUGCCUGUGUGAUCUGGACUAAUACAGUGGCCCUUUUGCAGGGGGCGGGGAUCUACUUCAGUUUCUCUUCUCUGGCCUGGGUUGGGUCUCCACAAGUACCCAUGUCGGGUAGUCCUGAGCAUUCCUCUUUUGGAAGACAGUGAUUUCUAAACAGAACCAGCCUUGAUGGAAGAGUGGACUUGCAGUACUAGGGCAAAGCUAGGCCAUAAGAGAAGAUUUCACUGUCCUGAGAGUGAUCACUUUUCUUAACAGUGCUUAGAGAACUAAUUGUACAUUACAGGGAGUUCUGGCACUUGCUGUAGGCGCUGUUAGAAUUUCCCCGCUACUAUAAGGUUAUCUUCCUCUAAUAUUAUGGAACCCACUUGCUCCUCUGCAAUGUCCUCCUGCAAAAGACUGACUCUGCCAGUAGGAUUUCUCUCCCAAACUGACCUUGCCAGAGAGCUGAUCUCCUUUAAUUGGGAACAGUGUUCAUUUGGUUUGGCUUGGCAGGGAGAGGAGGGCUUCUCCUGACACACAAGUUAUUGGGGAUCAUGCUGAAGAUGUCUGCCGUGGUGGUAAUAGCUCCCCAAACUGUCAAAGCCCAGAUUAACCACUGCCCAUUCCUGUGACUGAAGCACAGGGACUGAAUAUGCUCACAGGAAUCUGUGUCCCUCGCUACAGCUAUCUACCCAUUGCGAUUAGAGUCAUCAAGCAGAAGGCUGAUUGCUGAGGCCAAACCUUAUACAAGAACCACCCUACCCUUUAUGCUGGGCUUUCUUGUGCCAAAGUUGGGGGAGGGUGAGCUUUCUCAUUCAAAGACUCAACCUUCGAGUCCUUUUUGGGCUCAGACAUAGUUCUCUAACAUUGCCAGUACAGCUCUGAUUCACGCUUGGAACAUGGAGGUGUGGGGCAUUACUGUCACUUUCUCUAACCUAAGAAUUGAUAUAGCUAAUUUCCUGCCCGUCUAAAGUGUUCUGCUUUUAGACGAGGGAGUUGAGCCAGUCUGGGCUCUAAACCAGGCUCAUCCAUUGUCUAAGCACAGAUGUUCUACGCCAAUCUUGUUUUUAUAAAAUAUCAGUUUCCUACUGGACUUGUAGCAGGCUUUUCUUUUAAAUAAAAUUGUAAAGGUACAUUUUCAUGAUGUCUUAAUGCCAACUGUCUUAUGGCUAUUUUGUCCACAUUCAGAUCAUGGAUUGACCCUAUAGAAAAGCAGGUUUAGAGUUCACAAAGUUAUAGAGAAGUCAGCAAUGGUUUUUUGACUUGUCCAGAACCUAAACCCUCCUCUACCAAUUAGGUUACAGGGAAGACAGCAAGAAGUUGUUUGUAAAUGCAUAAUUGGUUGCUGUUUUUAAAACUGAAUAAAGGCCCGUGCUGUGGUUUGUAGUGACAAAUGGUCAAUGAGUAUCAGCAAGUACAUUGAGAUGAUCCAUGCCCAUAGCUCAGCCAUGUCCAAUGAAUUGGCUCUAGCUGUUGUGGUGGUAAUAUUUGGAAAGAUUCCAGAAACAGAGACGACGGGGUAUUAGCAAACCAAGGUGUUUGAAAGGAUGGUGAGCAAGUUGGAGAAAGCUCAUCAUCUUGCAUAUGUCUCUGUGUUGUAGACAAUAGUAAGUCUGACAGAAUCUAAUCUUAAUUUCAAGCCUGGAACAACAAAUACUGCUCUUGGGAAGUAGUGGUGUUGGAAUUCUGAUUUCCUGUUCAGCUGAGCCUUGAGGACCUUUCACCAGGAAUGCUCAUUGAGGAAGUGAGACGUUCUGGGUCCUUACCUUCUGGUGUCUCUUGCAUAGAAUACAAUCUAGCAUGGUUGAAUGAGUGGCCUGUUGAUGAAGCUGCACCCCUAUGGGCCUCGUUGCUUCACAUUUUAGAAGCCCACGAGCCCAUUGGGUUGCCUUGCUGACAGCCACUGCCUAAUCUGUCUUUUGUGGUGAGGAGGCUAGGUUCUGAUUCUGAGCUAGCUUGUUUGCUUGUCCUUGUUCAAAGUUCCCAGGCAGAAAGGAAAAGCAACUGGUCUUCAUGGAAGCAAACUAGAAAAGUAAAGGCCUCAGGCACAACAGGACCCAGGGCUGCAUGUUCAGCCGCUACACCCAAAUACUAACUCCUGGACUUCUUUCAGGAUUAAGAACAAGGCUGGUGCAGCCCUGAAAACAAGUCUCAGGUCAGGCAGGGAGUAAACAGAGUGUUUUGGGUCAGUAUUGCCAUAGCUGUGCAGUUACACUUUUAUAAAUUCCACACACUUCAAACUCUUUUGAGUGUGAUUUUUUGUUUUACUGUCACAUUGCAAAACUGCGUUGCUAGGAACUGCACACAAUGAAAGUGCACUCACAAAACCCUGGAAGUGAGCCAAUAUAAAAAGCUCCAUUACUUUCCUCACUUUGCUGGAGCUGCCAGGAAGUCUGGAACAUAUGAUAGCUUUGUCUCAUUAAUUUUUCUUCUCAUUUUGCCUUUUCCAAAUCUGUUACCGCUGUGGCUGGUCUGUGGAGCUGUAUGCUGGACCUGACUGCACCUUAAGAGUGAAGUUUGAAUCUGGGCCUUUGCCAGUUAGCUUUGCACUACAUUCCCCUCCCAAGUUUUGAUUGCUGAUGUAUGCUGUCUGAAUUAGGCAUCUAAGAAGGCAGUUAAAAUCACUAGAGGACCAGCAUAUCAUGGGACCAGUUACGUCUUUCCCUCCUCUUGUAAAAGAGGCUGAUAGCUGGAUGGUCAUGGCUACACAUUGUGUCUCUCUGUGUCCCUCUGGUGGUACACCUGUCUGAGGCCCCACCCCCUUGCUGCUUGCCUUCCAUGUUAGAUAUUGAACACAGUGCUUCUGUAGCUGGAAUGCUCCCAUGUCCACUUCUCCCUUGCUUGCCUGAUAAUGCCUACUGGUGUCUUGGAACCCCCUAAAAACAUUUUGUGCCCUCAGCUCUAGCAGUCAGUCUUGUGUCUGUACUAAGAAUAGCUUUUGGGUGAUGCAGCUGAUGCUGAGGAUGCCUUACGGUAACCCUCUUUGCUGACUUGGCAGAGAUCUUUCAUGGCCAAAUGACCCUGGUUGCUUAAUCUGUUUCCAGGGUCCUUAUGCACAGAUCACAGCUUUGCUUUUUGUUGCUGUUAUCCCGUAUUUUUAAUUCUCAUGACUGAUGUUUAUUGGGAGCAGGGCUGGGGUUUUUACCGUGACAUUAAUUCACACAUCCAUGUUAAUUUCCUUCUAAUGGUACCAAUCUUGUAUUUCACAGUUUGCACUUUUUGUACUUCAAUAAAAACCCAAAGCCAAUAUCA